CGCCGCCGGGACCCCUCCGCAGCCAUGUAGGGCCCGCGGCCGCCGCCAUGGACGGCAGCGGCGCCGCGGCUGCGGCGGGGCCGAGCGUGCCCAACCUCACCCCGCGGCACCGGCAGCUCAUCCCCACGCCCUGCGGCCCCAUAAAACCAUGCUCAGAGCUCUCAUUCCCUGUGAAGAUCUACUUCUGUGUCACUAUUUUGUCCCUGCUGAGUGUCAUAGGGCUGACCAUCGAGACCCUGGUGCGCCAGGCUGAGGAGGAUUUCACCAUUUCCUUCAUUCAGCUGGUUGGAGCUGUGUUCUGUGUGUACUAUGUGAGCAGGGGCAUCCUGCAGGAGAACCGCCAGGAGCUCGUGGUGUUCGUGCUCUCCAUCCUGCUGCUGAUGCUGCGCUCCAUCAUCAACUUCACGCUGCUCCCUGCAGGCCAGAAAGCUCAGCUCCUGGCCCGUUUUGUGCUGAUCCUGCUGGUGGGAUCCUUCGAUGUCAUCUGUGCCCUGGUCCUGAUGCAGAGCCAGUCCAUGAUGGCAUUCAGGGUGGGGGGAGCCCUGGAGAGCCUCCAGGCCCAGUACUUCAUGCUCAACCUCUGCUUCUCCAUGCUCACCUUUGAUCUGCAGGCACAGCUGUGCCUGUGCAUCCUCCUGAUCAACCUGCACGAGGUCACCCUGCUGCACAACAUCAUCUCAGCCACGGGCGUGGUCUGGGGCUGCCUCAAGGUCACCGUGGGCAUCACUGCAAUUUUAAAAGAGCUGAAACCCCUGGUGUGGGUGUUCCUGAUCCAGAAUGUGCCUGAGGUGGUUUAUCUCAUCUACCUGCUCUACACGGUGAUCAGGGAGUGGGGCAAAGGCAAUUCUUACACCCUGGAAGCUGCUUUCAUCACUGGCUCCUGCAUUUCUGUCACAAUCAAAUCUGUUCUGCUCUGGGCUCUGCUUCACGUCUACCGCAGCUUCGGGCAGGGGCUGAGGGAGAGAAUGUUUUCCUCCUAUGGAAGGAUCGACUCCUGAGCCCUCCCUGUGCAGCUCCCACAGAGUGAAGCCACCCAGGAGCUCCUGCCCUGCCCU